AUGCAGAUGAUGUUGUUGUGGAGGAGCCUCAGGAAAGUCCCAUCUCCUAAGAAGGUCGACAUUGAUCGAGCAGUUGAUCUCAUGAGGUUUGUCUUCAGAGAAGGGAUGCCUUUUCUGGACAAUGGGUCAGGGAGAUGUUUCGCGGAAAGGAUGAUUGUGGACAUGCCAGGCUUCAUGGUCAACAUGAUGUUUCAGGAUCCUGGUAUUUCCCAGCGGAGUGGCCCGCCUCGGAUGUGGACGAUAACGCCUACCCUUGACAAGGAUAUUGCUCAUGCGUUUGCAAAGGAAACGAGAAAAGGUAUUGGCAGUGAGCUCCAGGGAGAUUUCUAUGGAAUAUAUGUUGAUGUGAUUUACAUACCUAGCAAGUUCAUGUCCUGUAUGGUUCUGUUUGCACGCUAUAUCAAUGGGAAGGGCGACGUUGUGGAGAGGCUUCUUGGUAUUGUGCCAGAGCCAUCAGCCCAUGGUUCAUCUCUCGAAGUGGCGGUUGGUUCAAUGCUUUCUGAAGCUGGAUUGAGUUUGUCAAAGCUUCGCGGCCAAGGCUAUGGCUUGUUUGGUUACAGGGAUGAAAUUUUCACCGAACUAAAGACAUCAAUCACUAACAAAAAUGCACUGGAGUACUACGUUCAUCCUUGUGUCUGCCAGCUGCAUUCGUCUCUUGUAUGUUCUUCCCAUGGCCAAUUUGAUGUUUACCAGCUCUUCCAAACAGUCGAUGCAUUGUCAAAUCUAAUCCAAGACUGUCCCCAGUUCACGGAAAAGGUUUGUGCGCUAAUCCAAGAGGGAGGGGUGAACCGGGACAAUGAUCUUAAGAAGCCUGGUGAAACACGUUGGGGUUCAUACUAUGAGGCACUCGUGAACUUUGCUACUUAUUUUGAUCCAAGUUGUGAAGCACUUUUCUUUGUGAGAGAUGUCGUAAAAAACAAUGAUCAAUCUUAUCUGGCAUACAAAGUACUUGAAGGAUUGUCCUAUGACUUUGCUUUUGGCCUGCUGUUGAUGCAAGAUGUACUGAGCAUUACAAAUGAGCUGUCACUGGCCCUGGAUGGGAAAUACGUGGACGCAGGGAACUUGUACGGCGCUCCUCCAGGAGGCGAAGAGGCAGCUGCAGAAAAAUUCGAUCCCCGGCCGAGGCUGAGAGAUGAAGCUACAACAAUGACAAACCUGGACCACUACCAGGUUGAUUUCUUUGAGAAGGUUAUCAAUAUUCACCUCAACGAGCUUGACAGGCGUUUCAGUGAGCAAAGCUCGGCAUUAUUUCUUCUUUCAUCAUGCCUAAGUCCACGGAAUUCUUUCCAAGCUUUCGAUAAGGAAAAGCUCAUUGGAUAUGCUCGGCUCUACCCAUCCGAGUUCUCCGAUACUGCGAUCGCAGCACUUGAUCUGCAACUCGCAGCCUUCAUAACGGACGUUCGCUCUGAUGCAAGAUUUCGUGAAAUGAAUGCUCUCAGCGAUCUUUCUGUUAAGAUGGUGGAGACUGGCAAGAACACCGCGUAUCCACAGGUCUAUCUGCUCCUGAAGCUUGCUCUCAUCCUUCCCGCGACACCAGCCACCGCCAAGACAGCAUCCUCUGCUUUGAAGUUCAUCGACAGCACGAUGAUGAAAGAACCCUGCAACCAAUGGACCAGUGACUGCUUAUUGCUGUUCCUGGAGCGCGACAUAUUCGAGAGAGUUACCAAUGACGCUGUCAUUGCACUCCUUUGA